AAACUGUUGAGUUUCCCAUCAUCAUGUGACUGUUUCCUCCUGCUGUGGUGCAUUCAGGGACGACUCUGAACCUGCUGAAGUUCCCCAUCAUCAACCCGACUCCGUACAGGAUGUUCAAGCGGCAGGAGCGACUGAAGGAGGCAUCGCAGCAAAAGGAGGGCGAGCUGUCGCCGGAAGAGCUAAAAAGGCUGCAGUACUUCAGCAGGCAGGGAUACUUAGUGGGUCGCAUUGGCAGAACAUUCCGGGUUGAAGGAUUCAGACCGAAUGAGAUCCAGUUUGAUCCUGACAGUCUGGCAUUUGGAGAAAACGAAGAUGGCGAGGAGACGACAACAGCUGCCAGCAGGUCAACUGAGGAGCUGAGUCACAACGAGCUAAAAGACGCCCACUGGCUGUACGACACGCCGGGAAUCAUGAAAGAGCUUGAUAUUCUAAACCUGCUGCAUGAACAGGAAGUGAGGUUGGUGGUUCCCACCCAGGCCAUUGUCCCGCGAACGUUCGUUCUGAAGCCCGGCACGAGUCUGUUUGUGGGAGCUCUGGCCAGGAUCGACUUCCUGCAGGGAGAAAAGUCCUGCUGGUUUUCUGUCGUGGCCUCCGAUCGGGUGCCGGUUCACAUCACUAGCCUGGAAAAAGCCGACAGCAUUUAUGAGAAACACGGUGGACACGUGCUGCUGGGGGUGCCUGUCGGAGGCUCGGAGCGCAUGAAGGAGUUUCCUGCAUUGGUUCCUCAGGAGUUCAGUUUGGAGGGUCGGGGUUACCUGGAGGCUGCUGCUGACAUCAAACUGUCAUCUGCAGGCUGGGUGGCUGUGACAGCAGUGGAGGGCGAUCAGCUACUGUUGAGAGUUCACGGGCCGCAAGCUGCAGGCUUCGGUUUGAGGACGCCGUCGCUGCUUCCUCACGUCAUCUCUCUGAAAGGAGAACGUAUCCGCAAGUCUGCUGCAUACAAACCAAUGAAAGCCGUGGGUCUGCUGCACAGCGGACUGUCGGCUGCAGGAACCGAGAGGCUGCAGGUGAAGAGGAAGAAGAAGAACUGAGCCAAGGGUAGAGGAUGUGGAGGAGGCGCUCUAAACCACCAAGACUCUCUGCAGGUGGUUGUAGCGCCACAUCUAAAGAACUGACCUCUGACCUCAGGGAAUGUGAUUCUGGAUCAAUUUGGCUUUGUUGGAGGAUGUGUGUCGUUUUGUUAAAUAAAUAUACAUAUUUCAUACUGUUAUCGUCAA